UUUUUGUUUAUGAUUCAGCUUGUACACCCUGGAUUCAACUCAUUCAAGUUUGAUUUCGUGGCGGGUGUUCAUUGCCCGCCUGACGCUCUAACGCUUGGUCGUGUUUCUUUCGCUACGUUAUAACAUAAAUUGAAUACUUUGAAUGUAGUUUAGCCAUUAAACAAACAAAUAGAUAAUUUUAUUGAACACUGUUUAUAAAUGUAUAUCAUAAAAAUCUUUUAAACAAUAUUUAGAUUAAUAUAAAAAUAUAUUUUUGUUAAUGUGAAUAAUAUAUAUAUAUAUAUUGUUUAGUCCAUUAAUAUAUCAUUUUUAAAAUGAAAAGGACUACGAGUAAAUGCCAAGCAUAUGCGUCCAGUUUAGAAGACAGUGAAAAUGAUAGCGAUGAGACUGAAUGUAGUAUUGGUAGCAAUUCUACAGCUGGUACUCAUCGUAGUGAUACACCUACACGCAAUGCUCGCUAUAGAAGGAAAGGCAGACGGAGAAGUAAGACAGCAAAAUAUAAACCUUGUACUGAUAAGCCGUUAUACAAAUAUUGUUGUAGUAUUAAGGAAGAUCACGGGCAACCACUCUUUGGGGUACAAUUUAAUCAUCACUUGAAAGAAGGUGAACCAUUAAUAUUUGCCUCUGUAGGAAGCAAUCGUGUGAGCAUUUAUGAAUGCCCAGAAGGUGGAAAUAUUAGAUUACGUCAGUGUUAUGCUGAUCCUGAUUCUGAAGAAAAUUUUUAUACAUGUACUUGGACUUAUGAUGAUUCUGGUAAACCAUUAUUGGCUGUAGCAGGAUCUAGAGGUGUAAUAAGAGUUAUUAGUUCUGUUACUAUGACUUGUAUUAAACAUUAUAUUGGUCAUGGUCAUGCAAUAAAUGAGUUAAAAACUCAUCCUAAAGAUCCAAAUAUAUUACUCUCCGCAUCAAAGGAUCAUGCAUUGAGAUUAUGGAAUAUAAAAACAGAUGUAUGUAUAGCAAUUUUUGGUGGUGUUGAAGGUCAUAGAGAUGAAGUGUUAAGUGCUGAUUUUGAUAUGAAAGGUCAGCGUAUUAUUUCUUGUGGAAUGGAUCAUGCUUUAAAACUUUGGUCAUUAGACAAGCCAGAUAUGCAAGAAGCAAUUAAACAGUCAUAUUAUUGUAAUCCUAGCAGAAAUGGAAGACCGUUUGACUCUAUACUUCAACAUUUCCCAGACUUCACAACCCGUGAUGUACAUCGUAAUUAUGUGGAUUGUGUUAAGUGGUAUGGCGAUUUUAUUUUAAGUAAAUCUUGUGAAAAUUGUAUUGUAUGUUGGAAGCCAGGGCGUUUAGAAGACACUCAGUUACGUAAUGGAGAAACUAGUGCUACUGUUUUACAUCGGUUUGAAUUCAAAGAAUGUGAUAUUUGGUUUAUAAGAUUUUCUAUGGAUUUUUGGCAACGUACUAUAGCAUUAGGAAAUCAAGUAGGUAGGACAUAUGUAUGGGAUUUAGAAGUUGAUGAACCUGGUCAAGCACGUUGUUAUUCCUUACAACAUCCACGCUGUACAGCUCCAAUACGACAAACUAGCUUAAGUCGAGAUGGCAAUGUACUAUUAUGUGUUUGCGAUGAUGCUACAGUAUGGAGAUGGAAUCGUGAACAUUGAUAUAUUGUUAUAUUUCAAUUAAUUAAUAGAUUAAAUGCAGGAAAACUUGUUGUGAUUCAGAGAAACAUAUUAAUUUAGUACAUAUUUUAUACAUAAACACAUGGUAUUUGUAACAAUUUUACAAUUAUAUUAAUGGUUCAAUCAGACGACUUUGACAUUUCAUAUUUUUCUAUAUACAAUCCAUUAUAAGCUAAUUCCAAAAUAAACUGAUCUUUUCAUAAAUAAUAUUUUUCUUAAUAAUAGUUCAAUCUAGGAGAUGAAUGUUAUUUUUCUUUUUUAUACAGAAUCUUGUUUAAAUUUAUAUAUAUAUAUAAUGUUUAUUUUAUCUUUUAUUUUAUAUAUUAUUUAUACAUAUAAAAAGGAUUAAAAUGUUUCAUU